AUAGAAAAGGCCAUAUGUAACUGGGCAACUGUCUCCGCCAUGUUGGUUCUAACGGAGCCGUUCGGCAGCGACAGGAGGUCGCCCGAGAUUGAGCCGAAAUGGCCGUUCCUACAACGUCGACUGACUAGUGGCGCUCCCAAAGUCCUGUUUUUUGACGGUAUGACAGAUUCAGAUUUUAGUCUGGCUCGGUGGCGUUAUGUGCGCCGUGAGGCGCAGGCGCGCCCCUGAUAUAGACGCGGAAUUUCACGUAUUCGCCCGGGUACCCGGAACAGGUCGGGCGGCGGGUCGUGGUUUUUACCCUCCUUAAAAUCUGAAAGCGCAAACCAAGGAGUGGAUGUUUGUCCUUCUACGUGCAGAAAAUGGACGCGUGAGCUGUAUAAAACACGAUCUUCGAUUAACAUAAUAAUCAAUUAUGCUCAAUUAAGUAAAUUGUUGUAGUGAAAAGCUUGAACAGUUUGAAGACAGAAGUAAUAAUAAUAAUAACAACAGCAGUUUAAGUACUUAAUAAUGCUACAAACUGGGAUAUAUGUAAAUAUAACAACAGCAUAAAUUACAUUAUUUAUUCCGUCAAAUCCACAGGCAGAUAGAUACACAUUGAAACGCCGCUAUUGUCUGCCUCAGAAUAACCUUUGACCUUUUAACGUCUGAUUGCAAACCAGAAAAUAAAAUGAUGUUUACUUUACUAAUCUAGAUAAGCCCCCAGUAAAUACAGUAUGUCUGAAUGAUGUAACAAGAUUCUUAGAGCUGUAUGACAGCACAGACCGUGGUUCUCAAAUGUCAGUUUCUUUGUUCCUCUACUGGAAGAGCCGUACACCCUUACUUACUCAUUUCUUUAGGAUUUUAAUAUUUGAAUGACUAACCAGUAGUUUCAGUUUUCACACUUUACAACUCUGUCGGUGUAUUGAGCCAAUCCUAGGAGUCUCACAGCCUUUUGGUGAGGUGACAGCUGGGGUCUCUGCCCUCGGUCUGAGUAACUGGAACUCAGAUGUUGCCACAAACUGCCCCAACCAGGGCUGACCCUGGGUUUACUGCUGCCCUAGGAGACUGGACCAUACCGGUUAAUUACCUGUUAAUUAUAUAAUUAACGUAAUUAACUUAUAUUAAAAACAUUUCCAUAGCACAGAGCAUACGUCUGCUAACUAGCUAGCUAGUGUUUAUUUCAUAUGAAAUAUUGAAACUAGUGUAAAUAAAUAAUUUCACGUGAAGAAACCAGAGAUAUUUAAUUUUUUCAAUUGUUUGGUUUGGUGUCCCCUAAUCGAAUGACACCCUAGGUGAUCACUUAUCAUGCCUAUAGGGCGGGCUGGCCCUGGCCCCAGCUUGGCAGAAUUCAUGGUGUCAAAGAUGCAAGAAAAAAACACCCAUAAACACACUGAAGAUGAAGGAUGUGUUUGCAUUGCGUUCGAUGAAGGAUGUGUUUGCAUUGCGCUUGUCUAAUGUAGGAUGUGUUUGCAUUGCGUUUGAUGAAGGACGUACUUGCAUCGUGUUUGUCUUCAACAACUACAUUGAAAAAAAUAACUUAUUAUAAUAUCCACCUUAUACCCAACCGAAGAACAGCAGAAACGUCUGGACCAUAAAUGGGAAUUUAACAGAUGCUAAAUUGGAUACAUUUUCUAAGAGUCACCUGUCAAAGGCCGGACCAGUAUUAAAUCUAAUGCCUCAGCAAUUAAGGAUGAGUAAAAUGUGGGUCACGUCAUUACAUCGAUAUCAAACCAAAUAAACAAAGCUGUUAUAUAUAGAAGGUUGUUGCAAAAUAGUACCUAUAUUUACCAAAUGCUACAAUAAAUUAAGCAGAUAUAUGUGAGCUACUAUUAACUGGUCUCACAUUUGUUACAUUAAACAUAAUUAUGGCAACUUUGGGAAAUGAAAUGAGUCACGGUAAAUUGUAAUUAAAACUUCAAUAUAUAUUUGCUGCGUUCGUUGGAUGUGACUAAUAAGCGAUGUCAGACUCCUCGUUUGUCUGCACGUUGUCUCAAACUAUGUGAUGUCAAAUGUAUAUUUUAAGAGGAACCCUGUAGGCAUAAUUCUCCCUUUCUAUAAGUUAAUAUUUUCUGAAUGUAUACUGAACAAACUGAUCAGUUGGUGGGUGGAACGAAAGUAAGCAACUCGUCGUUCAAUACAUUUGGCUGUGAACUUGAACUGCUGUAGAAGCGAUAUUGGCCUCUAUUGGUCAAAACACAAGUAAAUCCACUAUAACUCAAGUAUGUAAUAAUGCUGUAACAGAAAAUCAUUCUGCAGUGACGCCUCUCCCUGUCUUAGGGUAUAUCCACAUUCUAUAACUGUUUGUCCUGUUCAGGGUCACAGGAAACCCAGGGGACACCCUGGACCGGAUGCCAGUCUAUCACUGGGCAGACGCACCCACACAGUGGGCAAUUUAGAGAGACCUGUCCAUUUAAGUUGCAUAAGUUUGGACUUAAAUGCUGAUAUUUUGUGGCUUUUCUGUGUAUCUGCUUUGACCAGUUUGUAUUGCUGGGUGCUCUGGAGUAUUUCCUCUCAGGUAUCUGCUGUAGAUGAGCUCUUCCUGGGACCAGAACUUUAGAUAUAUGAAGUUGUAAUGAGUUGCUGUCCUUACCUGUUGUGUCACUGUCUCAGAAUCAGUGUAAAUCCUUUAUGAAAUGCUGCAGCUUGCUUCUGAUUAUUAGUUAUUUUACUAUUGUUUGCAAAUAAAUAUAUUGCCUGAUUUCAAUGGGAGACAAGUUUCUAGGAAAACAAUCACAGGUUUAAGGUUUUGUUACAGGAUUAACUCGAUAUAAUUGUGAAUUGUGAGUCAGGUGAGCCGUGGGUCCUGUGCAUAGCCGACGCCCCCAGGCACACAGAAGUCGCGCUUCGUCAGCUCGCCGCCAGAGGUCGCUGCGCUCAAAGCGACGCCGCGGAGCACCGUGAUUUUGCCCUCUGCACGUAAACAUCAGACAUCCUCGGACAACACCCACCCUGCACCAAGAACCUAGGCUUAUGAUUGCUAAAACUCAAGCCCGUGCUUAGUCAUAAUUCAUAAAUCACUCAGUCAAACGUCAACGAUUAGGUGGCCGUUUAUAAUGACUAUUGCAAAUGAUAUUGUAACUGUUAUAACAUGUCAUGAUCUUAUUAAAACAACGUCGCUCGCCCAUUCAUAAACAUGACCGCACUGUUAUAAAAUAGACACAAGCCUGCCUCACGAUUGCAAGUCUCAUUUCAUCUUUCGCGUACAGGAUUCAGCCAUGCCGCAUUAUUAGCUGUGUCAGUGAAACAGAUCCGACUACAAGUCCCAGGCUCAUCUUGCGGCGUCCGCAGUGAUACUGGGUGGGGGCUGCGGUGAGGUAAUGUGCCAGUGGGCUGGGUCCAGAACGGGGGCUGACAGCAUAUUCUCCCAGUACCAGCACCAGCGGGAGCGGCACAGAUAGAUCGCAUCCGGCUGCAUGCGGCCAAGGGACCGGCCGGGUGGACCGCGGAUACGGGUGCUAGCAUCAGGAGGGAUAAAGGAGGUGCCUGCAGGAACCGGCCGGUAAACGGUGCACUUAGAUAACGGCGUGCAUUUAUCCAGCGCCUCCCUUUAACGCUCUCCAUUGUCCAUUUAAACAGCGCUGCAUAUUCCGACUGAGCAGAAAUGAUGCAUAUGCGGCUCGGGCUUGUCAGCGACGCCUUGCAGCCUUAUAUCUUAUGACUUCAGCUCCCGAAAUUGCCUCAAUCUGAAGGAAGCUUGAAUUUUAUCCUUAGUGUCGAAGAUGUCAAAGAUUAAAAAUUGCGAAACGGUUAAAGUGGUGGUGAGAUGCCGCCCACUGAAUCGGAGAGAGGAAGCGACCAGCAACGAGAGCAUCGUGAAUAUGGAUGUAAAACUGGGACAAGUGUCCUUACGGAACCCGAGGGCACCUACGGGGGAGCUGCUUAAGACGUUUACGUUUGAUGCCGUCUACGAUGGCAGCUCGAAACAAAGCGACCUGUACGACGAGACUGUCAGACCCCUCAUAGACUCGGUGCUACUUGGCUUCAAUGGGACUAUAUUCGCCUACGGUCAGACGGGUACGGGGAAAACGUACACCAUGCAGGGCUUGUGGCAGGACCCGGAGAAACGAGGCGUCAUCCCAAAUUCCUUUGAGCACAUUUUCACACAUAUAUCUCGAUCUCAGAACCAGCAGUACCUGGUCAGGGCAUCAUAUCUGGAAAUUUACCAAGAGGAAAUCAGAGAUCUCCUAUGCAAAGAUCACUCGAGAAAACUUGAGCUCAAAGAAAAUCCAGAGUCAGGUGUUUACAUCAAGGACCUCUCCUCUUUUGUGACCAAAAAUGUCAAAGAGAUCGAGCACGUCAUGAACGUGGGCAACCAGACCCGAUCCAUUGGAUUCACCAACAUGAAUGAGCACAGCUCCAGGUCACACGCUAUCUUCGUCAUCACGGUAGAGUGCAGCGAGAUGGGCCUCGACGGGGAGAACCACAUCCGUGUCGGGAAGCUCAACCUGGUGGAUCUGGCCGGUAGCGAGAGGCAGAGUAAGACGGGGGUGCAGGGGGAGCGACUCAAGGAGGCCACCAAGAUCAACCUGUCUCUCUCCGCCCUGGGCAAUGUCAUCUCCGCCUUGGUGGAUGGAAAGAGCACCCACAUCCCCUACAGGGACUCAAAGCUCACGCGGCUGCUUCAGGACUCCUUGGGGGGCAACGCUAAGACCAUCAUGGUGGCCACUCUCAGCCCCGCCUCCUCCAACUACGAGGAGACCCUGACCACACUCAGGUACGCCAAUCGGGCCAAGAACAUCAAGAACAAGCCACGGGUCAAUGAGGACCCUAAAGACGCCCUUCUCCGGGAGUUCCAGGAAGAGAUAGCCAGGCUGAAGGCCCAGCUGGACAAGAAGGGCAUGCUGACCAAGAAGCGAAGGCGCAACAGCCGGAGGCUGAGGAGGAGCAUGGAUGGGGAAGAGGAAGAGGAGAUCGAGACAGACAGCAUGGAGAAGGAAAUGGAAGAGUACAUGAAGGAGCAGGAGGAGAAGCUGGAGCUGGAGAAAGCUGCCAUAAGGGACGACCGAAGCCUAGUCGCUGAGGAGAAGCAGCGCCUUCUGGAUGAGAAGGAGAAGAUGAUGGCCGACCUGAGGAAGGAGCAGGAAGCUACGGAAAAGCUAACAGCUAAAUUCAAGGCCAUGGAAAGCAAGCUCCUGGUUGGGGGGGAAAACAUCAUUGACCACACCAAUGAGCAGCAGAAGAUGCUGGAACUGAAGAGGCAGGAGAUCGCUGAGCAGACGCGCUGCGAGCGAGAGAUGCAGCAGCAGAUGUUGCUGCAGGAUGAGGAGACGUUGGAGCUCAGAGAGACCUUUUCCUCACUGCAGCAGGAGGUGGAGCUCAAGACUAAGAAGUUGAAGAAGCUGUUCGCGAAGCUGCAGGCCGUGAAGGCGGAGAUCAUGGACGUCAACGACGAGCAUGUGAAGGCCCGGCAGGAGCUGGAGCAGACCCAGAAUGAGCUCACCAGGGAGCUCAAGUUCAAGUACCUGAUCAUUGAGAACUUCAUCCCACCCGAAGAGAAGAACAAGAUAAUGAACAGGCUCGUCUUUGAUAAUGAGGAGGACCAAUGGAGGUUCCAGCCUCUCGUUCCUGCUGAGAAUAAAUUCAUGCAGAUGAAAAGGAGACCAGCUUCAGCGGUGGGGUACAAGCGGCCAAUCAGCCAAUAUGCCCGCAACGCGAUCGCCAUGGGCAGUCUCUCCAGGUACCGGGCUGAGAACAUCAUGCUGUUGGAGCUGGACAUGACCCCACCCGCUGUGUUCCACCUGGACUUCCCCAAGACACACCUGGAGCAGGACCUGGCGCUGCAGCUGAGCAGGGACCUACUGCUGGACAACGCCACCUACAGGGAGAUGGCUGCCGCCGCGCGAGUCAAAAAGUCUCGGUCCUGGUGUCAGACCCCACGUGUGCUCCUGCCCUCGCCUUCCACCUGCUCCCUGGCUUCAAGGCCUCAAGCCCCCCAACACGAGGAGGGGGCUGCUUCCAGCCCUUCCCAUCCAUGACGAGUAGCCCCGGCCACCCACCCUGGAACGGCCUGGCUCAUUCUCAUGUCCGCUGGGUUCUGUACUCAAAGCGUCUUAACUUGUGUUGUGUUUCUUGUCGCGGAAACCUUUUGUAACAGCAACAAACUGAACAGCGCCUCCUCUUUCCAAUGUAUUAUAAUCUGAACCAGAGAAGACACUAAUCUGAUGA